GGCAUUUUCGGCUACGUCAACUACCUUGUGGAGAAGGACCGCAAGUUCAUCCUUGAGACUCUGGUGAACGGUCUCUCCCGUCUCGAGUACCGUGGAUACGACUCUGCCGGUCUUGCUGUCGACGGCGACAAGAAGAACGAGGUUUUUGCCUUCAAGGAGGUUGGCAAGGUCGCCAAGCUCAAGGAGCUUAUCGCCGAGUCCAAGGUCGAUGAGACCAAGUACUUCGAUUCACAUGCCGGUAUCGCCCACACUCGCUGGGCUACUCACGGCCCCCCGUCUCGUCUGAACUGCCACCCCCACAGAUCUGACCCUACCUGGGAGUUCACUGUCGUCCACAAUGGAAUCAUCACCAAUUACAAGGAGCUCAAGACACUCUUGAGCGCCAAGGGCUUCAAGUUCGAGACCGAGACCGACACCGAGUGCAUUGCUAAGCUUGCCAAGUACCUCUACGACCAGCACCCCGAUAUUGGCUUCACCGACCUCGCUAAGGCUGUUAUCAACGAGCUCGAGGGUGCCUACGGACUUUUGAUCAAGUCCGUCCACUACCCUCAUGAAGUCAUCGCUGCCCGCAAGGGUUCUCCCCUUGUCAUCGGUGUCAAGACUCAGAAGCGCAUGAAGGUUGACUUCGUCGAUGUUGAGUACUCCGAGGAGGGCGCCCUCUCUGCGGAGGCUGCCUCUCAGAAUGUUGCCCUCAAGAAGCAGCAGAACAACUUCUUGAACCCCAGCACCUUGCUGGGCGCUCCCGACAAGUCGCUCCUGCAUCGCUCGCAGUCGCGCGCUUUCAUGACCGACGAUGGCAUGCCCAUGCCCACCGAGUUCUUCCUCUCGUCUGAUCCCUCUGCCAUCGUCGAGCACACCAAAAAGGUCAUGUACCUGGAGGAUGACGACAUUGCUCACAUCCACGAGGGUUCGCUGAACAUUCACCGUCUUAAGAAGGCGGACGGCAGCUCCAACGUGCGCACCAUCCAGACCCUGGAGCUCGAGCUCCAGGAGAUCAUGAAGGGCAAGUUCGAUCACUUCAUGCAAAAGGAGAUUUUCGAGCAGCCCGAGUCUGUUGUCAACACCAUGAGAGGCCGUCUCGAUGCUGCCAAUAAGACCGUCACACUUGGUGGUCUCCGCUCUUACAUUUCUACCAUCCGUCGCUGCCGCAGAAUCAUCUUUAUUGCAUGCGGCACUAGUUAUCACUCAUGCAUGGCCGUUCGCGGUGUUUUCGAGGAGCUGGCCGAGAUCCCCAUCGCCGUUGAGCUGGCAUCCGAUUUCCUGGAUAGACAGGCGCCGGUUUUCCGUGACGACACCUGUGUCUUCGUUUCUCAGUCUGGUGAGACUGCUGACUCUCUCAUGGCCCUCCGCUACUGCUUGGAGCGUGGUGCCCUGACCGUCGGUAUCGUCAACGUCGUCGGUUCCUCCAUCUCUCUGCUUACCCACUGCGGUGUUCACGUCAACGCCGGUCCCGAAAUUGGUGUUGCGUCCACCAAGGCCUAUACCUCCCAGUUCAUCGCAAUGGUCAUGUUCGCCCUCUCCCUUAGUGAGGAUCGUGCGUCCAAGCAGAAGCGGCGUGAGGAGAUCAUGGAGGGUCUCGCCAAGAUUCCUGAGCAGAUCAAGGAUAUCCUCACCCAGGAUCAGUCAAUCAAGGAGCUCUGCUCCAAGACCUUCCAAAACCAGAAGUCCCUUCUGCUGCUCGGUCGUGGUGCCCAGUUCUCUACUGCCCUUGAGGGUGCUUUGAAGAUCAAGGAAAUUUCCUACCUUCAUUGCGAGGCCGUCAUGUCCGGUGAGCUGAAGCAUGGUGUUCUUGCCCUCGUUGACGAGAACCUGCCCAUCAUUAUGAUCCUCACCCGCGAUGACCUCUUCAAGAAAUCGCUCAACGCUUAUCAACAAGUCAUUGCUCGCAGUGGCAAGCCCAUUGUCAUCUGCAAUCCUGGUGACGAGGAGUUCAAGACCAGCGAGGCCGAGAAGAUCGAGAUCCCUAAGACAGUCGACGCCCUCCAGGGUAUCCUCAACGUCGUUCCUCUGCAGUUGAUUGCCUACUGGCUGGCUGUCAUGGAGGGACUCAACGUUGACUUCCCCCGUAACCUGGCCAAGUCAGUCACUGUCGAGUAA